AGUCAAACUGCCCCGACCCCCAAACCCAAAACCUAAAACCCUGAAAAUCUGAGUCACCGUUGGGGUGGGAAGAAAGGAAUGAAACGAGCAAAGUACUCGAUUAGUGAUUGAGGUCCAUCGCAGCUUGAUUGAACCAUCAAUGUUCGCUACGAGGAACCUCAACAGGCAUUGCUUGAAGUCUGUCUCUUCUCUCCUCCAAUUCAAUCCCUCCAAAAAUGUCUUCUUGUUAAGAGAUGUCUCAGCGAAACUCCUCUCAAGCAAUGUAGUUCAGCCAAGUAAACCGAGUGAAGAUUGUUUCUUUUCUUCAUCUACACCGAGCAAUCCCUUCGAUGGGUGGUGCCGGUCAAUGUCCACAUCUAGAGGGUCCUCAUCUAGAGGGAGUAGCAUGAGAAGCAAAGUCGCAAAGCGGAUGCAAAAGGAGUCUGGUAAAACACUAAGAGAGGUUCGCAGAGCAAAAAAGCUUCAAAAGAAGCUCAUGACCGAAAAUGAAAGGCUCAUUUACAACCUCAAAAGAGCUAAGAGGAAAGUGGCAUUGCUACUACAGAAGCUGAAAAAAUACGAGCUUCCAGAUCUUCCAGCACCCCGGCAUGACCCUGAGCUAUUAACCCUCGAGCAGCUUCAGGCAUUUAAGAAGAUUGGCUUCAGAAAUAAAAAUUAUGUUCCUGUUGGUGUUCGUGGGGUCUUUGGAGGAGUUGUCCAGAAUAUGCAUCUGCACUGGAAAUUUCACGAGACUGUACAAGUUUGUUGUGAUAACUUCCCCAAAGAGAAAAUCAAGGAAAUGGCGACUAUGCUUGCAAGACUGAGUGGUGGUGUUGUGAUAAACAUACAUAAUGUGAAAACAAUCAUCAUGUUUCGUGGAAGAAAUUACCGCCAGCCCAAAAAUUUGAUUCCUUUCAAUACCCUUACAAAAAGGAAGGCAUUAUUCAAGGCUAGAUUUGAACAAGCUCUUGAAUCUCAGAAGCUUAACAUAAAGAAGAUAGAACAGGAGCUCCGCCGAAGUGGUGUUAAUCCUGAGGAUCCAGUUGCCAUUGCAAGCAUCCAGAGAGUAGCUUCCUCAUUCUUUAAUGCAAUUGAUCAGAAGGACGGAAGUCCUUAUGUCUUCCGUGGGGACAAACUGUCGGCAGCAGAGCCUGAUAAUAAAUUGAAACAUUCUGACCCUCCUGAUGAGGAGGAGGAGGAGGAGUUAGACAAAUUCAUAGCUGAGAUUGAGGAUGCAGCGGAACGAGAGUGGGCUGCUGAGGAAGCAGCUGAGAAAGAAGAACAAACCAGACUAAGGUAUUGGAACAAAGAACAAUUUGGUGGGAGAUACAGAAGAUCUGAAGACGUUGAAAAUGACGACUCUGAUGAUGAGACCACCAGGGCAAGGGGUUGGAGGGAUACACAUGGCAAGCGGAGGCCUAAUGAUAGUGAUUAUGAAGAUGAUGAAGAGGAAAGCGAUUCUAGUAAUGUUGUGGAUGCUAGUGUUCUCGACAGUGAUGCUGAUGAUUCUGAUGGAAAACCUGAGAAGGUCAAGGUAUCUACAAGAGACAGAGGGAAGCAAGAUAAGUUUGGCAGAGCCAAAAAUGAUGAACGCUUUAAGAAAAAUCGUGAAGCUAAUAACGCAAAAGCUAGCAGUAGAAAGAUUAUAGUGGACGAAGGUACUGAAUCAGAAAAUAUGCUCAGCGAUCUUGAUACUGUGAUGUGGAAAUCCGAUUCUGAGGAAGAGCAUGACUCUACAGCAUCAAGAGCAGGGAAUUAUGAUUUCCGAAGCAGCAGUGAUGAAGAAGAGGACUUAAGUUACAGGAGGGGAGAAAGGAAGAAAUUGGCAAACGAUUUGGACAAAGCUCACGACAAGUUUGAGGUAUCAAGAAAUGCACAGGAGAAGCAUCAUAGUAUUGGCAGGGCCGAUAACAAUGAUUAUUUGAAAAGAAAUGGUGAUGUUAACGUGAGAGAAAGUUGGUUGAGGAGGAUGUCGUGUCGGAGAAUACAUUUGGUGCUUCUGAAAGUGCAAUAUGGGAAUUAGAGGCUGUGGAAGAUGUAGGAGCACCAACAGCAGGGAGAUACAAUUACAAGAGUAGUGACGAAGAGGAUUAUCAAGUAAGGAGAGUAGAGAAGAAAGUGAAGGAUACUAAUAAAAGCACA